CCCGAGAAGAUGGCGUCAGGGCGCGGCUCUGCCCCGGGGACGCCGGCGGGGACAGGGCCCCCGCGGUGCAGCCACUGGGAGCGGGUGUUCCGGCAGAGCCUCGCGGUGCCGCCGCACGGCCGGCGCAGGAGGGUGCCCCCGGUGCGCCCCGCGCCCUUCUGCUGCGUCCUGAGGCACCUCGAAGGGGCCGCUCUCAGCCAGGGAGCUGAGUACCAGCUGCGCCUUUCCCUCUUCGAUGCCACCUACCACCACUUCUUCGGCAGGACCUGGAGGAGCAGCCUUCGAGUUGCCCGCGCUGCCCCAUCGUGCCUGGCCAAGGCGGUGUUCAAUGAGACCAUUUACUUCCAUACCUCCUUGAACCACCCUGGCAUUGCUGCUGUUGUGGAAGUGGUGGCAACAACCAAGAAAGAGGAUGGGAGCUCUCAGCAUCUCUCCUGUGGCUUUGGAGUCAUCCCUCUGUUUGGCAGCGGGCCGGAGGUGAAGGACCUGGCCACCAAGGACAGAGUGCUGAAGCUGUACCAUGGGACGCCCCGUGCCUUGCUGCACCCACGCUUUCAGGAGCCCAUGGAAAAGAACAAAUACCUGACGGUGAUGGAGAAGAGCCACCUGCAGUACACCCUGAAGCCCCACCAACCCCUGGAGAUGAUAUCUCACCUCCUCCCUGAAAACCUUCCAGUGUCUGGGCUGCAGAGCAUUCCCGGCUUGCUGCCAGUGUGCGGAGACACGAGUGGCUGCUUGCAGAAGCCCCAGCUGAUGAAGCCGGUGACCUGCUAUCUGGAGAGGCUGUCUGUCUGUCUGUACCCUUCCCUGGGGGAGUUUGAGGAGGAGCUGCUGGACUUGCUGAACAGCGAUCGCUUGCUGCAGGCUAACGCCGCUCCGGAUGGCGAUGGGAUGGUGGUUCGGGAGCGGCGGCUGCACGUCGGUGUCCACAACGGGCUGUGCUUCGUCCAGGCACCGCAGGUGGCUGUGCUGGUGCCGGAGUCAGAGGCAGCACGGGGUGGCUGCACGGGGGUGCCCAGCUCCGGAGCCAGGGGUGCAGGUCAAGCCCUGGUGCUGAGGAGCCGCAUCCACCUCAGUGAGUUGGUGCCUCACCCGGCCUUCGGGAUCUGCUUCCAGCUGGAAUAUGUCUUCUGCAGCGCGGGGAGAGCCGGUGGGAAGGCCCUGGCUGGCAGUGCUCGUGGUGAGGCAGCCGACAUGCGCUCCGUGCGCUGGGCUCUCUGGAGCCCUGAGCUGGGUGCUGGUGAGGCGGACGUGGCGCUGCCCCUGCGCGGUGGUGCCCGCCGCGGUCCCUGCCAAACCUUGGUGUACCGGGCCCCGCCGGGCAGCAGGAGCUCCUGCAAGGGGAAGCACGUGGAGUCCGGGACUGUCCGAUUCCGUGUUUCCACUGAUUGGGAAGAACACGUUGUAACUGCUGCAGAGAGCCAAUGCAAGCACAGGGACGAGUUGGAGAAGCCUCCCACGCCGUCGCCAAGUCUGGUGGCUCUGCCGACGACGGUGGCCUCCCCACGGGGACCGGGGCUAUCGGUGUCCCAGCUGUCAGUGUCCCCACCACGGGCUGGGCGCCGGUCCCUGGUGCCACCGGCCCGUGGCUCCCGGUGCGACGGUGGCAUCACUCACCUGGAGGCUGACCUGAGCCUGCCAGACCCGGGGCACUGCGCUGGUGACCAGUUGCAGGCGCUGCCCUUCACCCCGCUGCAGGUGCCCAUUGCUGCCGUGGGGCUGCAGGCAGGCAGGUCCCACACGGUGCUGUCCCGUGCCUCCCUGGCGCGCCUGCACGCUGCCGGCUUCCCGGAGAUCCUGGACCGCAACCAGGAGCCGGUGGAGAUCUCGGAGCCGGCGGACCCGGCGAGUUUGAGCCUGCAGCUGGAGGAAGCCGACCCUCUGCAAGGGAAUGAGAUAAUCCUGCAGUUCCUGGCUUUUGGCAGGGAUGCUCAGGGCAGUGUGGAGUGGACGUGGCCAAGGACCAUCUUCCUCACAUUCCAGUUCUACCGCUUCCCACCCGUCACCACACCACGGCUGCAGCUGGUCAGCAUGGAAGGGGGGCCAGGCUCCGGGCUGGCUGUGCCAGCACAGCUCCUUGUCCGGGUGAACAAGGAUGGGACCCCCAGCACUGGACUGCCGGGCUUGCAGCUGAAGUACAUGGUGGAUCCUGCUUUCCUGCGUGCCGGGGAGCAGCGCUGGUUCCUGCGGUACCUGGCUGAGCACAGCCUCCAGGUGGACAUCUGGGAUGGAGACUCCCUGCUCCUCGUUGGGUCUGCUGCUGUUAAACUGGAGCCCCUCCUGCGCCAGGGCCGAGGAGCAGUCAGGACACACCAUGAGCUGGAGGUGGCCACGACCGAGUAUGAGCCAGAUGCAACGGUGAUGGGCCAGGAGGCUCUCCGGCAUGGUGCCCUGCGGCCCCUCGGUGUGCAUGUGGUGGUGAGGGGCCGCCUUCACCUCUGCCUGGCCAAUGUUGGUCACCCAUGCGAGGACACCCCAGGACAGCUGCCAUCCCCGCUGCUGUCCCGCUCCCGCAUCGUGCCCAUGCCGGAUGGCGCUGCCAACGUCCCAGCUGGCAGCUGGGUCUCCUUGAACGCUGCCAGCGGCGGGCGGGUGUCUCGGGCACGGAGGCUGGUGGAUGUGGAUGGGGAGCUGGCGGCCGUGCUGCGCAGCCGCUGGCCGGAGGCAAGGGUGGCCCCUCCAGCAGCACCCAGCGAGGCCGCGGCCGCCCGCCGGCGCAAGCUGCGGCGCAUGGCGCUGGUGCGGCAGCAGGAGGAUGCUGGUGGUGGGAGGACGCCGCAGCUCACGGGCUGGCCGGAGCAGCGUGCCCGGCACGCGCGGGACCUGCAGAUCAUCGACGCCUACCGGGAGCACACCAAGGGUGAGAGCAUUUCCCAGAUGCUCAGCCAGGCCAUCACCGUCACCCGCACCGUGCACGCUGUGCUGGGGACAGCUGAGUUCUUUGAGUUCACCCUGAAGAACCCCUAUGGCAUCCAGCACACUGUGACCAUCGAGGUUGACCACCCUGAGCUCAGUGUCAUACUGGACCCAAGGGAAUGGCGGCACUUCAAGGAGCUGACCAAGAGCGUUACACCGGUGGAGGAGGAGAUGUUCCACCUCCGUGAUGACCUCAGGCCUCAGGUCUACCUGCGCCCCAAUGAGACUGUUCGCAUCCCAUUUAAAUACCAGACCUUCUCUGCAGACCCUGCUGUCGUGGCAGCACAGGGACCAGGAGGGCUGGGUGCCGGUGCUGACACAGCCAUCCGUUCCCUAGGGAAAAGUGGGGCCGGGCAGACAAAGCACAUCCAGGUUUCCUUCCAGGUGAGUGGGGGGAAGCCCAUCGCGCUGCUGCGGGUGAAGGUGGAGCCGCAGCCCCAUGUGGUGGACCAGACCUUCCGCUUCUACCACCCCGAGCUCACCUUCCUGAAGAAGACCAUUCGGCUGCCCCCCUGGCACACCCUCCCCGGCACACCAGUGGGGAUGCAGGGUGGGGAGCCUGAGAUGUAUGUCCGCUGCAGUGACCCAGACAUCAUUUGUGAAACCAAAACCAUGGGGCCUGGGGAGCCACAGGACAUCUUCUUAAAAGUAGCUGGAGGACCAAGCCCACAGAUCAAGAAGUUCUUUGUUGCUAUUUACACGGACCCGUGGCUGGCAGCACCCAUCCAGAUCUGGCAGUUCUACCUGCACUCCCUGCAGCGCCUGGAUGUGAGCUGCACAACCGGGCAGCUCACCCGCCUCUCGCUGCUGCUCCGGGGCACGCCGGCACCACGCAGGGUGCAAGCCUUCACCUCCCACCCGCAGGAGCUGGAGGUGGAUCCGGAUGGUGCCUUCCUUCUCCCUGCUAAUGGCAUCCAGGACCUGUAUGUCGGUGUGAGGCCGCGGAGGGCCGGCAGCAGGUUCAUCUACCUCAACCUAGUGGACGUGGAGUCCCACCAGCUGGUGUCCUCGUGGCUGCUCUGCCUGGCCUGCAGGCAGCCCCUCAUCUCCAAGGUGUUUGAGAUCUCGCUGCCUGCAGGAGGUGGCAGAGGCUGCAACAAGCGCAUCACCUACACCAACCCCUACCCCUCGCGCAGGCUCUACUUCCUGUGCACCAACCGGCCCGACCUGCUGCAGUUCAAGGAGGACUCCUUUGAGGUCGCCGGUGGGGAGGUGUACACCAUCGGCUUGCGCUUCGCCCCCAGCCAGAGCCCGGCUGAGGAGGAGAUCCUGAUUCACAUCAAUGACCACGAGGACAAGAAUGAGGAGACCUUCUGCGUGAAGGUGCUCUACCAGUGAGCCUGGUCUGCCCCGUGUCUCUGCAGGGGGGGUUGAGCCUGGUCCCCUCUUCAAGCCACAAGGGCACCGGCAUCCCCAGGCAUUGCCAUUGAGCGCUGGUGGUGCCACGUGGCUCCAUCCACACAAAGCAGGGAGAGCGAAUGUGUUUGUUACCACACAGGAUGGCUUUAUUUUUGUCAAGUGUUACUACGUUUUUAAGCAUUUUUGGAAUCUCUUUUUUUUCUUUUUUUUUUAACAUAAAAAGUUUGCAGAUUUGUGUCUGCGGGGUAUUUUUAAAGUAUUUUAUAUUCUGCAGUGAGUUUUGUACGCACUGAGGCCGUUUGCUGGAGUUUGGGGUAUUUUUUUACUCAUCCUUCCUCAAUUAAACUUGCUGUGCAGC